UUGAAUUUCUUGUUAUUAUUUGAUACUACUUGUACCCUUUUUUUCUAAUCUAUCUUCUCAAUCUUUUAGCUACCCUCUUCCACCCAAGACUCCUUCUUCUCCCUCUUUGCCAAAAACAUGAAUUGAAUGAAUUUCUUUCCCGUUCUUGCUUUAAAGCCACCUACUUUAAAUAUUGGGAAAUUCUUGCCAUGAUUUGACUUCAUUUCCUUUUUUUUAAUAACAAAAAGCUUUUAGCUUUGUGGAUACUCUUUCAAGAACAAACUUGAUUGCUCUCAAACCCGCAACUUUAAUUGUCUUGCUUUUCUUUUUCUUUUUCCUUUUAUAUUUUCUUUGUUGAGGGUUAGUUUUGGCCCUUUUGGUUUCUUGUCCAGGUGUAAUGCGAUACUGAGAACAAACAAGGCACCGCUUGAGGCCUUUAAUGGAAAUUGAUCUGAACCAUGCAAUAGUAGAGAGUAGUGAGGUGGAGAAGAAUGCUAAUGCAUGCAGCUGUAACGGGGAAUGUGACAAAGGUGGUUGUGGCUUUGGCUGUGUUUAUUGCUCUUUGUCCACUUCCACCUCUUCGUGCUCUUCUAAUGCUUCCUCCUCUAAUCCUCCUCCUCCGUCAAAAAUCUUCAUGGAGCUCUGGUAUGCCUGUGCUGGCCCUGUCACUAGCUUGCCCAAGAAAGGAAAUGUGGUGGUCUACUUCCCUCAAGGUCACUUGGAACAGGCUGCUUCUGUCUCUUCUUUUCCUGCUUUGGAAGUUCCUUCUUUUGAUCUCCAACCACAGAUCUUUUGCAAGGUUUUAGAGGUCGAGCUACUUGCUAAUAAGGAGAAUGACGAGGUCUACACACAGCUGACUCUGCUCCCUAUAUCAGAGGUGCUAGCCUUGCGUUCAGGGGGAAAAGACCAUGAAGAGGCGGGGACCGAAGAAGAGAGGACUGAAGCAGUGCCAAUAAAAUCAACCUCUCAUAUGUUCUGCAAAACUCUUACUGCCUCUGAUACCAGCACCCAUGGUGGAUUUUCUGUUCCUCGAAGAGCUGCCGAAGACUGUUUCCCACCUUUGAAUUAUGAAGAGCCGCGGCCCUCUCAGGAACUUGUUGCUAGGGACAUACAUGGUGUGGAAUGGAGAUUUCGGCAUAUAUAUAGAGGCCAGCCGAGGCGGCAUUUGCUUACAACUGGUUGGAGCAUUUUUGUAAGCCAAAAGAAUCUUGUUUCCGGUGAUGCAGUUCUCUUUCUCAGGGGUGAAGGCGGGGACCUGAGGUUAGGAAUAAGAAGAGCUGCUGGACUUCGAAAUGGCCUCUCUGAGUUAAUUAUUAAAAGCCAGAAUGCUUAUCCCAGAGUUCUUGCGCCAGUUGCAAAUGCUGUCUCAAGCAAUACUGCUUUCAAGAUUUUCUACAGCACAAGAGCAAGUCAUGCUGAUUUUAUUGUACCAUAUCAAAAGUACGUGAAAAGCAUCAAUAACCAGAUACCUGUUGGGACAAGAUUCAAAAUCAGCAUUGAUUUGGACAAUGCUCCUGAUAGAAGGUACAGUGGUGUAGUGACUGGAGUUGGUGAUGUUGAUCCCCACAGAUGGCCAAACUCAAAGUGGAGAUGCUUAAUGGUCAGGUGGGAAGAAGAUGCUAGCAACCGUCAUGAAAGAGUUUCUCCCUGGGAAAUUGAUUUUUCAGCUUCUUUUGCAAACAUGAGCAUCCAGACUUCUCCCAGAAUGAAGAAACUGCGCACCUGCAUGCAAGCAGAUGUGCAGAACAGCUCUAGAAAUGGUGCUGAUCUUCUAUCACCGAUGCCAUAUACCAACAACGUUAGCGGGGCUAACAAAGCUGUUAUGACACCGCCUGUAUGGAAUGGUUAUAUUCCUGCAGGUCAGGUUCCCCUUUGGGACUUUGCGGAGUCUGCACGAUCCGGUAAGGUCUUGCAAGGUCAAGAAAAUUUAGGUUUAGCUUCACCUCUUUAUGGCGGUGAUAAGAUAAACCGCCAGUUGGAUUUUGAGAUGCAUCCUGUUGCACAUCAACAAUUUGUGUCAAAUGGGAUGGAGAAGGCAAACUACAGUGAUUUUAGCAGAAGUCAGCCUUCCAUCACCUACUCAGGCUCUAUGGAAACAAAUAGCUUUCCAAAGGUCUUGCAAGGUCAAGAAAUUUGCUCACUUAAAUCUCUAACUGGAAAAACUGAACUCAAUCCUAGCGGUUGGAGAAAACCUGAGCUGGGCGGCAACAUUUUGAACAUAAAUCAAAGAUCCUUUCCCAGUUGUUAUCCUUUAGCAUCUGAAGGCAUUAGAAACGUGGUUUUCCCGUACAAUGGGGUCUAUAAAGCUGGUCAAGAUCCUGUCAUGCUUUCCUAUAUGGCCAAUCGUGAGAGAGAAAACCAUGUGCUAAACUCAAAGUCCUUCAGGGAUGGGCCAACUAAGGAGGAUGGAAGACAUCUCUCUCUAGCAAAUGAGCCAAAGGCAUUCGAGAAGAAGUCUAUUGUCCCCACUACAGGAACACCCUUGAACAAUAAAAAAGACGAGAACAAGGGAGCUGGAUCUGUUUGUAAGCUAUUUGGGGUUUCCCUGACUGAAGAAGCCCCUGCAUCAAGUUCACAGAGUUCUAGCAGGAGAAGUUGUACAAAGGUUCACAAACAAGGCAAUUUGGUGGGAAGAGCUAUUGAUCUGUCCAAACUGAAAAGUUAUGAUGACCUGCUGGUUGAGCUCGAGAAGCUGUUUAGCAUGGAGGGAAUGUUAAGGGAGCCUGGCAAGGGAUGGCGUGUCCUGUAUACUGACAGUGAGAAAGACAUGAUGGUUGUGGGAGAUGAUCCGUGGCCUGAGUUUUGUGACGUCGUGUCAAAGAUCCACAUAUUAACCAUAGAAGAAGUGCACAAAAUGUCCAUUGGAGUGCUCAGUGAUGAGACUCGUAGUUGUUUGGAAGAAUCACCAGCAGUAAUGGAUGGCUCCAAGUCUUCAGUUACUGCACCCUGAUUCAUCUCUAACAGUAGUCAGGACUUCAAAUUCAGGGUGUUCGAGGAUGAUGCUGCUGAUGUUUCUGGGCAUCUGAUUGCCUAUUAGCUGUUACCUAAGCUUUUAACACCCUAUGUAUAUAUUCCUAUUUCUGAAACUUUUCAAGUUGUCGUAUGCUGUGCAUGUACCCCUUAGAACUUGGUUGCCCAUCAGUUCGUGUCUUUGUUGUCUUGUAAGUAUACCAUUUAUCGAAACACCGGUGUGGUGUGUUUAUGUCUAUGAGUAUCUGUUUGUUGAAGAACUUUAAUGUCAAACCAGUGAAUUGUUGUGUUUAACAU